GUCAUUCUCCUUUCCCUUCGCCGUCUCCAUUCGGGUUACUCCCUUCUCUCAUCCCGCUGUGCUAUUCAUCAUGGAUGACUAUUAUGCCCUUCCUCAGGCCACACCGGACUUGCCGGUACCACCCUCCCAGCAGCCCACCCCGCUGUCUCUCAACCAGGCUUCUCCGAUCAUGCACGCGCCGUCAGCGACGCGGCGGGCACCUACCGCGUCGCUGCCCACGAAUCCCAAUCCGAACCACGCCCACCACCACCACCACCAUCACCAUCAUAAUCCCAAUGCCAACACCUCCUCGCCCUAUCGCCAAUUUACCUGGUCCCUGCACGAGGCCACCGCCACGCCCCGCACCAAAUCCUCGCCCUACUCCCAACCCCAGCAGGGCUUACCGACACCCAGUCCUGUCCCCAACACCGCCACGCCCACCGCGACCACCACCUCGACCACUACCAAUAACAACAGCAAUGCCGCCGCCGCCGCGAACCACACGCCCCACAGCCAGCUCUCCCACGCCGCCGCUCCUCCAUCCUCCACGGCUCCCACCGAGCCGAUCACGGCCGCCGCCGCCGCCGCCGGAGCGGAGUCAGAAGCCACGCCGAAACGCAAGCGCGCCAAACGCAUGAACCCGGACGAAUACACGCAGUUGAUCGAGAUCUGCCUGCAAAACAAAGGCUUCUGCACCAGCUCGCGCGGCAACAAGAGUUUCUGGAUCACCGUGGCACAGGACUUUCGCGCCGCGACCGGGCGCGACGAAUUCAACUGGCAAACGGGCCAGAAGAAGGUCCUUACUUCCACGGAGGAACAUCGCGCCUGGCUGCGCGAACGUCUCCCCCCCGCACAAUACCCGGGUCUCCCUGGCAUGCGCGACGCCCUGGACGAGUGGACGGCGUUUCUCGACGACCUGCAGGCGCACGAGCGCGCCCUGCAGAACGUCGCCCAGCCCGGGGCGGACCAGUCCGCCGUCGGGCCCAGUGCCACCCCGACUAGCCAGGGGACGAAACGGUCAUACUCGACGUCGGGGAUGGGCGGGGACACAGCGGGCCCGAAAGCCGGGCCCAAGACGGCCGGGGUGGGCAUGGACGAGCAGCGAGCGGGGCGGUCCCCGCAGGCGACGCGACGCCGGAUGUCCAGCGACUCGCGCCGGCCGUACCUGCUCAGCGAGAACAUCGAUGGCUUCCUGCGGACGGUGGCGGACCAGUGUCAGCAGGAGGGAGAUCUCCGAACGCGGGUGGACAACAUCGAGCGACAGCUGGGGAACAUCAGUCGCCGGUUGGACCAGCUGGACAAGCUGGAUCGGAUCAUGGAGCUGCUGGAUAGCAAGCACUAGGGGAUUUAUUCCAGGGGGUGACUUGCUCGCCCG